CAGGCAUUUUCAGUGUUUCUUUUUAUGCUCGGUGGGACGAGCAUGGGGUUCGACGUGGACAGGUUUUUGGAACCAGUUGACGAUGAUUUGAAGUGUGGGAUAUGUUUCGGUGUUCUAGAGGAGCCCUUAGCAACCCCAUGUGGCCACGUAUUUUGUGCCCAGUGUAUUAUUCAAUGGGCAGCCGAGAGCGGAUCAUGUCCACUCACAUGCGAACAGAUUUCUGUCGAUGAUUUGAAGAAGAUUCUGCCGCUCAGCAGUCUUAUCGCUAAGCAAAAUAUUCGUUGUGAGAAUUUUCGCCGAGGCUGCCCGGCCAUUUUACACGUAGAAAAUAUUCAGUCUCAUCUUUUAAAAUGCCACUACUUUAAUAGAAACACUUCCGGAGGGAAAAUUAUGGAACGCGAUGCGAACUCUCCGGAAACUCGCGAAUUCGCUCGAGUUGUUGUCUGCGAGAAUGGCUGUGGUCUACCAUUGCUAUACCAAGACUCUACCACACAUGACUGCAUAAAGGCCCUUCAAACGCAAGUCGCUUCGCUUCAAAUGAAACUGACAAGGGCGGAGCAAGAUAAGGAAUUGGCCUGCGAGAGGAUAGCGAGAAGAGAAGAGGCCAACCAAGAUAGAAUUUUAAAUCUGGAAAAUGAACUUCAUAGCUACCAAGUUCAGGUGCUUAAUUUCGAAAGGCAAUUAAAAGAGUACCGUUUACAAGUGGGUUUUUUUCAGAAGCAGGCUGAUGUGCGCGGUGACCAGACCGCCGAUGAGAUCGAGGUCGAAAUAUCUCUCGUCCGCGGGAACGGUGGCUCGCUCGGGUUCAAUAUCAUGGGAGGCAUAGAGGUCGGAAACAAUUCAGUUGGUGGGGGAAUUGUGGUUUCGAAGGUCGCAGACGGCGGGCCAGCAUCGAAGGAAGACGGCCUGAAAAUUUACGACGUAAUCCUCAAGGUGAAUGGGGUCGAUUUGACAGAGGCCAGUCACGCUACAGCUGUAGAAGUCAUCAAAACCGCUUCGGAACCUCUGAAUAUUGUAGUGAAGCGAAAGUGCAUCGACUCCAUCGUCGAUUGUGUACCUUGCCUAACUUCAACAGGAACACAAACAGAACUUUUUCUCUCUCAAGACAUGGAAAAUGUGGAUACGGACAGCGGAAUCCACGAUCGAUACAGCCCAAGACAAGACUUGCUUAUUCCGUUUGAGAAGUCCCUGGACGACGGAACAAGUAGCUCGGAGUGUUCUCACCGUCGGAUAGAGUCAUUUUGUAGGGAGGAUGUAGAGAAUUUCCGCUCGACCAGCGAGAGCUUACCGAGCUCUGAGAACAUUGUUGGAAGCGAGCAGGGAACACUGCCCCGCGUCAAUCUACUUGUGAAGGAUGUAAAUUACGUACAUGACGUUGAUGACAAUUCAAACUGUGAUCUGCAAGCUCAGCCUUAUGUGACAGCGGUUUCCGACGAGAUUUAUUUCGAUCCCGAGUUUGAUUACGAGUACGAGGAAAUAACCCUGUGGAUAGCAAACAGAGAUUUAGGAUUAACAUUCUGUUGUGCCGAAGAAGACGAAUCUACAGUCUAUGUGUGCGAAAUUGAACCUGGGUCUGUUGCGUACUUUGAUGGUAGAUUGACAUUGUGCGAUACAGUGUUAAAGAUAAAUGACGUUUCAGUGACCAAUCUUGGUGACAUCGAACCAUUAGUUUACGAAUCGACCUCGACUAUCAAGUUUCUUGUUGCGAGACCCGCACAAGAGGUACGAGCGACUCUGAUUGGCAGCGAGGGAAGUCAGGAAUGGAGCUUCGUGGAUCCGAUUGAUGCCGAGUUAAGCAAUUUCAGAAUUGACGUCAUCAAAGAGGAAGACGAAGAAUUAAACGAUGCACUUCACUGUGAAAAAGCUAACGGAGAGAAAUGCGAAAAGGACAGCGGUGUUGGAAGAACAGAUGAGAGCACUAAAAACGACGAAAGCUCUGAGCUAGAACUCGGGGAGGAAGCCCCGCAUUUGGCUGAUUCUCGGAGAAAUUCUCACGAAGGUAGCGAUAAAUGCUCUACAAAGGACGAUUCUAACAUGCGAGAACGACAGGGCAGUAGUUCCUCGCGAGAGAAGGAAGAUAGAGCGUUUUCUCCUGGAAAUAACUGCUCUGGGAAAUCUCGUGGCCAUUCCGGGAAGGACUCAAGUCGAAAUAGCAAAGAGCGCUCACCGGAAAAUUCUCGUUCGCGACGUCACAGCAACGGGUCUCCGAGUAAAAGUUCUCGCUCGCCUACACGCAAUGGUAACUCGCCACCUAGAAAGGAAAAGGAUAAGGAGAAGAGCAGAGAACGCCGAAGGAAUCGUGACUCACAUAAAGACAAUCACCAUGAUGAAGCUCGUAGCGAACGGGAUCGCAGCAGACACUCGGAGCCAAAGCGCAAUAGCAAACUAGGCAACGUUAGCAGGACAAUUCGCGCUUCCUACAUAAGGGCUGUAAGUAAGGACUCGAGCCAGCAUAUUAACUUAAUCGGAGAGUCGGACGUCUUCGGAAAGAGUGAUUAUCACGAUCAUCGGAGUAAAAAGAAGUCCAACCUCGUUGAGAACCAAUCACUCAAUGGUUCUCAACAGAACAUGGAAUGGAAAGUGCGCAUGUCCAAGGACGGUAGUCAAAUUUUUGUGCGUAAGAGACCCGCGACGCCCGCUCGACAAGCGCGGAACAAACUUCUGCGCGAACGUGCGCAAAAAAUCACGGACGAACGCAAAGGUAUUACGACUGACGACGAUACUCAAACGAUUUAUCAAGGCCGCUAUUGGCCGAGAGAGGACCGGAGGCGACAUUUAGAACGGGUGCGAGAGGCGCGCCGGAAAAAAAUCCAAAAACUGCAACAGCUGAAAGAAUGCGAAAGCCCGCACACGGGCAGCGGUUCGGAGAGUGGCAAAGGACGUCGGGAUAUCAUUGUAGAGAUGAGUCAUCGUAAAAUGAAUAAAAAACAGUUCGACGACUUUACCACAGUUCGAGAAUAUUUAACCCAACGAAACCCGGAUGGGUCACCUGUGGGACCUAUUCAUGUGACCACAGUGUAAUGGGGUCACCUGUGGGCCUUAUCCGUGGUACCACAGUGGAAAGAAUGGUGAAUCUGUGAAACAACAAUUAUGGAAAAAUGUGUGAAUACUUCAGAGAUUACAGGCCACGAAUAUUGAGUUUUAUGAAGUCAGGAGACAUUUUACUAGCCUAUUUUGUUUUGCAUUAUAUUUUUGUCUACUAGUUCUGUAUUGCUUUCGAGGUAACAAGAAGACCUUGGAAGAAGUGUCUAAUUACUGUAUGCUUGUUGAGGUUUGGUAGGAAGUGCUGAAAUUGACGACUGACGCUCGCCGGAAUGUGGAAAGCGACUGCACGUGGUGCAACGCAUGUCGGCGGGAUGUGACCGCAUACACAGCGCAUGCAAAAACGCCCGUGCAGUACCUUAACUGGAAUUUGGGUGUUUACUAAAGCUGCCUACCACAAUUCGAAGCACAAGGAUAUUUAUAAAUGCGCUUUAUCUUCAAUUGGAGAAAGACUGGAAACCUUUUUGUAGCUCAUUUUUGUUAAACUGUCAAUAAUCCUCCUCGUAGAGCAACUUUGAAUGUUUUAUUAGUUUAUGUCAUGAAGAAACAAAAAAGUCAGCCAGAAAUAGUAUAUUUAAGUUUAUUAUUUAGUUCUUAUUAACCAAGCGGGAGGUCUGUAUGGGAGAAUCUUGACCGAGGUCGCCAGUA